CACUGAGCUCAGCAUUGUGAGAGUGUCUUCAGACAGAAUGCAGGCUUGUGAACUCGCCUUAGUGAUGUGGCUGACCACACUGACGGGCUCCGGACAGUCACAAGAUAAACGCGUGACCCUGCAGACUGAACCCCAGCCUGUGUUUGAGGGAGACACUCUGGUUCUGCGAUGUAUUGUCCGUUAUGGUUAUACACCAGACAGCAUUGACGUUUACAAAGAUAAUAUAGUUUUCCAGUCCCAGGCCGGCAAAGCGAUGCGUGUGGAUCGCGUUCCAAAGGGGCACGAGGGGUCCUACAAGUGCAGAGCGUGGUGGAGAUCUGUUUACUUUGUUGACUCUGCAGAGGUGUGGGUGUCAGUGAGAGAGCUGUUUAGCAAACCCACUCUGACAUUGACCCCUGUGAGUCCAGUGUGGGAGGGAGAGGCUGUGACUCUGCAGUGUGGGGCUCACAUAAAUAAACAGGGCACACAGCUGCAGUACCGCUAUAGCAAAGAGGGGACGGAUCUGAGAGGAGCUGGAUCACAGGAUCAGCACUGGAUCCCAGCGGCAGGGCUGAGAGACACAGGGAGAUACCAGUGUGAGGGGGAGGCAGCAGGGACGGGGCUGAAGAAAAGGAGUGAUCCUGUGUCACUGACUGUGAGAGAGCUGUUUAGCAAACCCACUCUGACAUUGACCCCUGUGAGUCCAGUGUGGGAGGGAGAGGCUGUGACUCUGCAGUGUGGGGCUCAGAUCAAUAAACAGGGCACACAGCUGCAGUACCGCUAUAGCAAAGAGGGGACGGAUCUGAGAGGAGCUGGAUCACAGGAUCAGCACUGGAUCCCAGCGGCAGGGCUGAGAGACACAGGGAGAUACCAGUGUGAAGGGGAGGCAGCAGGGACGGGGCUGAAGAAAAGGAGUGAUCCUGUGUCACUGACUGUGAGAGAGGGACGGCCAAAGCCAGCACUGUCCCGGGACACUCCAAGGAGAGAGAUAUUUGAAGGAGACGCAGUCACCCUGAGCUGUGGGGUUGAGGGGGGUUCUGGUGGCUGGAGAUAUCUCUGGUACAAAGACAGUGAGUCCAGUCCUCCAGUGUACCAGACUGACAGCAGCAGUGGAACUGGAGCCGGAUACACAAUCAGUGCUGCUGCUCUGUCCCACAGCGGAGAGUACUGGUGUGGAGCUGAAAGAAACAGGACACCAUUGAACUCACAAUACAGCCAUCCCAUCUGGGUAAAUGUAACUGCUCUGUUCUCCAGGGUGACUCUGUCAGCCUCUCCAGGAGCCACAGUGAAGGAGGGAGAGGCUCUUAACCUGACCUGUGAGGCAGCAGUGAACAAAACCCCCCGCCCUGAACUCCACUACACCAUUGUGAGAGACGGGGAGCCUGUGACUAACAGCACUGACUCUGCACUGUACAGCAUAGCCAGCACUGAGAAGAGCCACACUGGGAGCUACACGUGUGCUGUGGAGUCACAGGGAGUGAAGAAGAGCAGCCAGGAGAUACACAUUGAACUGCAAACGUCCUGGCACAGCGUUGUUGCUGUUGGCUACAGAGUGAGCUUCUUUCUGAUUCAUGUCACUGUGUUCACUCUGCUGCUCCUUCGAUACUGCAGGAUCCGAGGUUCUGCGUGUAUCGCUGGUGCUAAGUCAAGGAAAACCUCGGAUCAGGAUCAGGAGCAGUCAGCAGAGGGGAUUGAGCUCUCCAGCCGUGCAGCAGACUGGAGUUGA